AUGAUAGUCUAUCUAGGGAAUAGAAGUUCCAUUAUAAGUCACGCUCUCGUCACAUCUGUCUGUCAGUCACGCUCUCGUCACAUCUGUCUGUCAGUCACGCUCUCGUCACAUCUGUCUGUCAGUCACGCUCUCGUCACAUCUGUCUGUCAGUCACGCUCGUCACAUCUGUCUGUCAGUCACGCUCUCGUCACAUCUGUCUGUCAGUCACGCUCUCGUCACAUCUGUCUGUCAGUCACGCUCUCGUCACAUCUGUCUGUCAGUCACGCUCUCGUCACAUCUGUCUGUCAGUCACGCUCUCGUCACAUCUGUCUGUCAGUCACGCUCUCGUCACAUCUGUCUGUCAGUCACGCUCUCGUCACAUCUGUCUGUCAGUCACGCGCGGUCUCUCCCUAUCUGUCUGUCACGCGCGGUCUCUCCCUAUCCGUCAGACACGGUCUCGUCAGAUCUAUCUAUCAGUCACAGUCUCGGAAUCAUCAUCUCGUCGAGAAAUUAAUUCUGGAUUAG